CUUUCAGUGAAGCUCGGGAGACUGAAGUGGAAGACAGGGCAGAGUGAAUAUAAAAAGGAGCCACCCUGUAAAAUUAGGUGGGUUCCCUCCUUCUCUGUUAAACUAUUCAGCUAAAAGCCUCUGGGACACUGGGGUUGCAUCCACAUCAGCCAAAGUACUUUGCUGAGGGAAACGCAGCAGGGCACCUGGUGUGCUGAGAAUGGCAGCAAGACUUCCCUAACAGGGCACAGCUAACUGGGAGAGGAAAUAGAGACCAGGAAACAGCAGAGGCUUCUCAGCACUGUUUAAUGUCUUGACAGCAACAUGAGUCUCAAAGGAUCUACCAGCAGCCAGCCUGGCUCUGCAAACAGCAGCUUGGGCAAAGCAGAUGGUGCUUCGAGAAUGAGUGCAAAAGAUUUAUACCAACAAAGGAAGAAAUACUCCAACUCCAAUGUAAUUAUGCACGAGACAUCACAGUACCAUGUACAGCACUUAGCCACAUUCAUCAUGGAUAAAAGUGAAGCCAGUGUGACAGUGGAUGACGCCAUCAGGAAGCUGAUGCAGCUCAACUCUAAAGAGAAGAUCUGGGCCCAGGAGAUGCUGUUGCAAGUGAAUGACAAGUCCAUCCGACUGCUAGACUGCGAGUCACAGGAGGAGCUGGAGGACUUUCCCCUGCUGACGGUCCAGCUCUGCCAAACCGUGCUGAAUCAGAUGCGCUACACCUCCAUCCUCCUGCUGGUGUGCCAGGACUCUGAGCAGCACAAGCCCGAUAUCCACUUCUUCAACUGCGACGAGGUGGAGGCGGAGAUGGUCCACGAGGACAUAGAAAGUGCACUCGCCGAUCACAAGCAGGGAAAGAAGAUACGGCCGCAGACGCUCAAAGUAAACCAGGAGAAAAUAAAGCAGCGACAAUCUAUACUCCCACCGUCUCAAGGGCCAGCUCCUAUCCCUAUCCAGCACGAGAUGCGAGGCUCACCGAUGAACCACAGGAACCGGGUGGCUCCCCCACCAGAGCAUAACGAACCAGAAUUUGAACGACGCAGCUCCAGCUCCCAGGAGCAUGAAGAGUCCCGAGCGAUCUUAGCACAGAAGAUUGAAAAAGAAACGCAAAUCCUGAACUGCACCCUGGAUGACAUUGAGGUAUUUGUUGCCCGGCUUCAGAAAGCAGCAGAGGCAUUCAAACAGCUGAACCAACGGAAGAAAGGGAAGAAGAGCAAGAAGAAAGCACCAGCAGAGGGGGUACUGACUCUUAGAGCAAAGCCUCCAACGGAGGCUGAGUUCAUCGACUGCUUCCAGAAAACCAAGCUGGCUCUCAACCUCCUGGCCAAAUUGAGAAAGCAUAUCCAGAACCCGAGUGCUUCAGAACUAGUGCAUUUCCUGUUUGGGCCACUGGAACUGAUCAUCCACAGCUGUGGAGGCCCUGAACUCGCAGGGUCUGUCGUCAGCCCGCUUCUCUCUAAAGACACCACAGAUUUCCUGAGAGGACACCUGACACCGAAAGAGAUGAUGCUCUGGGAGUCCAUUGGAGAGACGUGGACCAGAUCCAGAGCGGAAUGGCCUAGAGAGUCUGUUGUCCCAACCUACAUCCCAAAGUUCCGCAAUGGAUGGGAGCCGCCCCUGGAAAUCUUCCGUGGAGCCCCAUGGGAAAUAGACAUUGGACAUUUACAAGAAGAGCUGUCAUCAGCCAAUGGAUAUCCUUAUCGUAACUCAUCGAUAAAACGUGGACAGACACCUGAUCAAACACAAGCAGUUACUCAACAUGUAAAUAGGAAUUUUGAGGCACAAGGAAUGGCCCAGCCGAAGAAAUAUGCCAAAAUCCGCUAUGAUUUCACUGCUCGAAAUGCCAAUGAACUCUCAGUGCUGAAGGAUGAAGUCCUGGAGGUGUUGGAAGAUAAUAAGCAGUGGUGGAAACUGCUAAACCGGAGUGGGCAGGCUGGUUAUGUCCCCUAUAACAUCCUGGAUGUGGUGAAACUGGAAGAUUAUGAACAACUCUAUAGUCAGAAGUACAAAGGAGACUUGAGUCCGAGAGGAAUUGGCCCUGCCAGCCCUACUCACAGGAUUCCUGGUAGCUACGCUGGUGAUAAAUGGGGAAGUGAAAUGUUAGCCGGGAACUCUCCUCACAAUGCCAAAGAACAACUUAUCCAUCAUAUGGAUGAGGUGAAUGAUGAGCUGCUGAAGAAGAUCACAACGAGUAAAGUUCAGCCCCCCCAAAGAAACUUUAAGGUGGAGAAGACUCAGCAAGUUGCCGUGCCCCUGACGUUUGAGUCAAGCGCUGAAGAGGUCAAAGCGUGGCUGGAAGCAAAUUCCUUCAGCAAAGGGACUGUGGAGCAUCUUGGCAUACUUACGGGGGCCCAGCUUUUCUCUCUGAAUAAGGAGGAAUUGAAGAAAGUGUGUCAUGAAGGAGCCAGAGUAUACAGUAAAAUUACAGUGCAAAAAUCUCUCCUGGAGAAAUGUGGAGGGGAUUCAGAGCUUCAAGAAAUUAUGAGGCGUCGCCAAGAGAGGAGUGAUUCCACUUCUUAAAGUUCUAUCUGCUUUUUUCAACUAUUAGUCAUAGUAGUGCAGAAAAAGGGAAUAACAGCACCGAUCCCUGAUCAAAAUGAAAAACUACAGAGACCAUCACCUACCAGUAUAACUGCCAGCAAACUGACAAUUCCUGAAACACUGUUGAUAAGGAGGAUACUCAUUCACCAAUAUGCUAUCAUGCUGGGAGAGAAGUUUUAGUAUUGCAUGAAAUAUUAUUUUUAUAUCUAUAUAUUUUAUACAGAAAUGUUGUGUGUAUGCAGUCCAGAGCAUGAGCAGGAUCUGAAUUCAUGGGAUUCUAAAUGUACGAGGCAAGGCUGGAUUCAAGUUAAAAAAAAAAACAAACACACACACACACACCCAGAACCUCAUAAUAUACUGCUAUAUGGCUCUCCAUUGAUCUGAUAAAGCUCUAAAAAAAAAGGCUAGAAAUAAUUCUCCCAACAAAGGACUGCUUGAAUGCUUAGAGUUUCUGUACCAUAAAGGCUAGAGCUUUUUUUCCCCUUGUUUCCUUCUUGUCUGUGGCAGAAACACUAUAGCAACAGUAUCCUGAGUUUCCCUGUUUAUGAAAGCCCAGCAGCAGUAAAGUUUCCUCCCUCUCUUCUACCCCUGCGCUCCUCUCAAGCCUUAAACAUUUUAAAACAAGGGCUGGGCCUGUCUGUAUCUGAAGAUGAAAUUACAACAGUGUGUAACAGAUUUUAGAGUUGGAUCAUCCAGUUUAAAUAUAUAUACAAUGCUACUGAACACUAAAGAGCAGUGAGUAAUACCCUGAAAUUAUUUGAAUUUG